AUGGCAGACUCCCUUCUCUCAUCCAUCGCAACAUUUCACACAACGAAGAUUAUCAUCACAGAUCCUUCCAAGUUUUUCUUCAUUGGAUCGAUUCCAGAAGCUAUGUAUGCCUGUGUGUCUGAGGCAAGUAACGUCAUUCAAGAAUACAAUAAGCUUCCUUUUUCGGCUCCAAAGGAACUCACUCCUGCUAUGAUUCGCUCUAUAGAGGAAGCAGACAAGCCUGCAAAGAGGGGAAAGAAACCAGAAAAACAAAAGGAUGUGAGAGUCAUUAAACCAGCUAAGGGGAAAACCCCAAAGAAGCGAAAAUCAGACAAAACCGCUCCUUCACAGCCUAAGCAGAAGAAGCUCAAAAAGCCAGCUCGGAGACUUAUUCUUCAAUCCUCCAGUGACUCAGAUUCUGAUUAUGUUCCUCCAGGCAACAAACCUCCUACUCCUACAGAAUCAGAGAACGAAAGCUCUGAAGAGGAGGCUUCGACUCGUGGUGAUACUCCACCUAGAUCACCCACACCUGAGGUACCUAUUCGCUCCCCAGUUCCUUCUUCUCUACCUACUUCUAUUCCAAUUUCCUUACCAACAACCUUCCCAGUUAUCACAUCCCAACCUACCUCUACCAUUCCUAUUUCCACUCCUCUCUUUUCUGAAGCAACCAAAACAACCACCACUAGAGUUCAAACCAAUGUAUCUGAUACGGGGGUUCGGUCUUCAGUCCCAGAAACAACCAAACCAUUAUCUCCCACACCUUCAACCGAAACCAACACUGUCCUUGGUGGAGAAGACAUGGAAUUUGAUUCCUUCUACUACAACCCUUAUCGUCAUCUCAAGGAGCUGAAUGCCAAACUUGACACUCUCAUGGCCUCUUCUUCCUCUCACAAUCCCAAUUCUGAAUCUGCUAUUCAGAAAAGGCUUAACUCCUUUGUCAAAGCACAUGAGGCUUCCAUUUCUCAUGCCACAACAGCUAUUACCUCUUCAACCAAAGGAGUAGCUAAGUUGAACGCUUCUAAAAUGACUAACUCAAUAACCAACCUCGAAGAAGCAUUUGCCACUGAGAAGCAAAAUUUUGUCAAUCUUCGCCAAGAUAUUCAAAAGGACAAUGUUGCUCUUCUUUCCUCUCUCAAUGAGCAUUUCACCAAGCUUCAAGAUGAUCUAGCCAUGGAGAACUCACUCAUGGAUUAG